GGGGUUUCGUCUCUCUGAAAGCUGCUUAUGGUCAGUCCUUCGUGCAUAUGUGUAGCAAAGACAGAUACAGCGCGCCAUGCUAUGUGUCAGGGGUGUCAGACGGCCGAUGGGUAUAACACCCCGGAGAACUCUGGCCGUGCGGCCGUACUGGCGCCUACCAGGGAUAUCUGUUCGGCAUAACAUCAAUAUGGAAGUUUGAUGUGCUCCAAAACUUGUCCUGGGCGUUCAAGGAGUACGUAGCCGCCCCGCAGACAUUCAGGGUUCGCGGAGGGCUCGGCAGGACAAGUGAAAUGCUUCCGUCCCAACAGGAGCGGCGAGAGGAGGAUCACCGGCGCGCGAUUGCCGAGAUCCUCUUCUUUGCGUCCGUUGGCAAUGUCCCGAAGAUGAGGGCGCUGUGCGAGGCAUCAAACGUCUUCGUCUCUGACGCCUCCUGCAGCGACUAUGACAAACGGACGCCUCUGCACUUGGCGGCGGCUGAGGGGCAGAUGGCUGCAGCAGAGUGGCUGCUCAAGAAGGGCUGUGACCCAAACCCAGUGGAUCGUUUUGCUCGGACCCCUCUUGAGGAUGCCUUGAUUGGCGACCAUGUGGAGAUGCAGCGCCUGCUGCUGUCCAAGGGCGCCAAGGUAUACAGGAAGGGGAUUGGGCUAGUGGAGUACAAACCCCCGGCACAGCCUGCGCCGGAGCACGUGUCUGGCAGUGGGAGCAGCCAAGAAACCACCAUGCGCUUCAUGCAGGAGCCGCGGACCGCAUCGGGCGCAGAGCAGCGCCGGCCGGGGGGCUCGGGCGGAGGGAACAGCGCUCCGAGCAGCAGCAGCACAGGGAACGCGCACGCGCGGCGCCAGCUCAAGCGUGAGUCAUCACUGUACAUCCUGCCGGACCUGCUGCAGCGGCGCAGCGCCGAGCUUGGCGGCCUGGAACUGGAAGAGCUCAUCGGCAGGGGCAGCUUCGGCCGCGUAUACAAAGCGCUGUGGCGCGGCGGCACGGUGGCGGUGAAGGUGCUGAGCCACGAGGGCAGCCGGACCGCCAAACUCAACGCGCUGCACGAGUCGCUGGUGGCCGCGCACGUGCACCACCCCAACGUGGUGAUGACGUACCAGAUACACACGGUGCAACACAUCGAGGCGCCCGAGGCCGACAACGCCGACGAGCCGCAAGACGAGGCUGAGGUCGCCCUGCGCUCCUUUCGCAUCCGCACGCUCUCCGAGUCGCCGCGUGCCUCGCUCGAGCAACAGCAGCAACAGCAGCAGCAGCAGUUGAACACACCGGCGAUGCGAGUGCCGCGCACUUCGGUGUUUGCGGGCGCGUCUGCAGGGGCGUGCCGGUCGAUCAGCGCCACCUCGCUCGACCGCUGGGGCGACGUCACCCCGGACCAGGCCGUGCGAAUGGCGCUGGGAGGCUCCUUCCGCACCAACAGCUCGAUGCUGACCUCGCAUGCAUCCUCGGCCAGUGCGGCGGCUGUCGCGUCGCCGUUUGAAACGACGGUGGAACGCGUUUUAUCGCCAGAGGGACGAGCCCAUGGCGGCGGCGGCGGGCCGGAGGGCCGGGUCGCGCAGCUGGCGAAGCGCAUGUCGCUGGAGCUCGGCUCGGCCGCGGCGGCCGCAGCCGGGCGGGGAAACCCACUGAGAGCCGCCAAAUCAGCCGACAAUACUCCCGAGGGUGCGGCGGCGGUGGCGGGGGCAGAGGCAGCCAGGGAGGGAACGCUGCCCACGGCAGACCGGGAGCCCUUCAGCCUGGAGGAUGCAGAUGCCACGGUCGAGACGCUACUCCUGAUGGAGUAUGCUGACGUGGGCACUCUCGACCAACGCAUCGUGCAGGGCCGUCUCAAGGGCGACCUGGUGUCAAUGCUGCUGUGCCUGACAGACAUAAGCGCGGGCAUGAGCUACCUGCACUCCAUCGGCCUGCUGCACUCUGAUCUCAAGGGCGCCAACGUCCUCCUCAAGAGCUGCGCAGUUACUUCGUCCGACCCCCGCGGCUUCCUCUGCAAGAUUGCCGACUUUGGGAUGUCGCGCAUCCUGGAGAACAACAUGACCCACGUGUCGACCAACACGCACGGCACGGUGGCGUACAUGAGCCCAGAGAUGCUGCAGCGCGGUGCGAUGGCGAUGCCGGCCGAUGUGUACAGCUUUGCCAUGCUCAUGCUGGAGCUGUGGGCCGGUGACAUCAUCUACAAGGGCGUCAACACCCACCAGGUGCUGUUCAAGGUGUUCUCGGGGCUCAAGCCGGAGGUCCCGGGCGACAUGCCGGCCGACUACCGCGCGCUGAUGGAGGAGUGCUGGGCCACCGACCCGGCCGAGCGGCCCUCCUUCCGGGCCAUCCUGCCCCGGCUGCGCAAUAUGCUCGCCGCCGCGCGUGCGGCCGCUGCCGCGCCGGCCGCUGCUGCCGAGGCUGGCCUUCCUGCCCCCUAA